AUGGGUGGCGAACUUUGGAUUGGUGGUAUGCUCAUGGCCAUGCUCUGGUCAGCGAUGGCAGACUCGUGGACCGCCUUCCAAGAACAGCCUUGCUGCAGGCCGAUCUCGCACCAUCGAGUCCGGCACCAUAGAGGAAUUUCCAGCGCAGUGGCCGGAGCGAGAAUAAACGUCUUGGGCUUAGCGUGUGGUCUGACGUCGCGGCACGAAGAAAUCGUUCCGAUGGCGCGCCGUUUCGAUGUUAUCGCCAUU